UGGAGAGAGUCAGAGAGAUAGAUCUAGAGGGCGAGCAAGACUGAGAGGGGGAGAGAGAGUGCGGAUGUAGGAGGUGGUUCUUAGAUGCACAGAGCUUUUCAGUCCUGCCUCAUUUGGCUCCUCCGGCUGCAGACUAACUGCCAUUCCAAAAUUCUAUAAAUCAUUAGAACCUUUAAAGCCUGAACUGUGAUUCUAACUUCUUUCUGUCUUCUGCAAAGAGCAGCAUCACCUUGACUAUAGCUGGCACGGACACAAUCCAAGCUGUGGGUUCGUCUCCAUCUCUCUCGACGAGCACAGAAUGAGUGUGGAGAGGCUCAGCAGGUCUCUUUGGGGUGCGUGGGAUGGCGCAAAUGCAACAUGGACGCUUCCUGAACAAGCUCUACUCCAGCCUUUCUGGGACUACCUGCGUCAGAGCCAUGCCAGCACUCUCCGCUCUCCACUUUUUCCUGUGCUUCUCUCUGUCUCCACCUACCUGGUCCUUGUCCUUCUCUACACCACUCUGGACCUUCUAGCGCCAACGUGGCCAAGUAUUCGCCGCUACCAGCUGCAUCCGGAGCGCACAGUUACGUGGUCUAAUGUGUGCACCACAUUAGCUCUCACCGCCUACAACCACCUGCUUUAUAUCUUUCCGGCAGCUGUUGCACAAUGGCUGUGGCGCCCACCGGUGCCACUUCCACGCCAUGCGCCCUCACUCACUUCCUUCCUGCUUGGCAUUGCAGGUUGCACAGUGCUUUUUGAUUUCCAGUACUUUGUUUGGCAUCUGUUGCACCACCGCAUUGCUUGGCUCUAUGCCACCUUCCAUGCAGUGCAUCAUCAAUACCGGCAGACAUUCAGCCUGGUCACACAAUACUUGUCAGCAUGGGAGCUUAUCAGUGUGGGCCUGUGGACUACUGUGGACCCAUUGCUUCUGCACUGCCACUGUCUUACUGCCUGGGCAUUUAUGGUCUUUAACGUGUGGGUUUCAGCUGAGGACCACUGUGGCUAUGACUUCCCCUGGGCCAUGCAUCGUCUUGUGCCUUUUGGCCUGUGGGGUGGUGCACCACGCCAUGAUGUGCAUCACCUGCAGCCUGGUACCAAUUUUGCUCCCUUCUUCACACACUGGGAUUGGUUGGCAGGCACUACCAGUGCACCUGGCAAAUAUUGUAACAACAAUGAUUACAAUAGCUCGAAAGAAAAUGGAUCAGACAAAGAGGAAUGAGAGACUUAUUCACUGGAUACUCCUUCUGUUUUCAAACUCUUCCUCCUUCCAAAUAUUUUCCUUUCAUUGUGCUCCUCAUCCUUAGCCAUGUGGGUCAUUUUGAAUGUUUGUUAGUUGUAAGUAAAAUUUUAUUUGAACAAUGAAUGAUUCAAGUAAAAAAGACAGAAAGAUUCCUCUUUGUUUCACAGCCAUGUCUCCUGCUCCAUCUCUUUGGCAUCUUUGUACAGCAGCUCCCUCUAUGACUCUCACAUCCUUUAGCCAUGCAGGGUAUUUUGAAUAUCAAGUUACGGUAACUGGGCUUGUGUGUUAAUCUUAAAGCAAUACCGUUUCAUUACUUUCGUUCAUGUUAUCUCCUAAAGUUACAAAACAUUUUUGUAUAACUUAAUUUGUAUGUAAAUCCAAUGAAAACAUUUAUGAACAUUCAUAGCCAUAUUGCAUAUUAUAUACUGAUGUUAAUUAUAGUGCAAAUUGCCUUUAACUCAUUACUAUUAGACGCUUAAUGACCUUAAGACUUUCAUAAGCAUCUUUAUCUAUUUAUCUGUUUUGCUUACUCAGCUAUUAAAAAAGUGAAUUAGGUUUUCUAAUUUACAUUUGUUAUUAUGUUGUUAUCUUCUUUUAUACCACAGUAUUAUUAAAUUCAGAAAUGUCAUAGCUCAGAAAGUGUCUAUUAAUUUUCUAUAUCAGCACAGCUUCAGGGUUUGAUGAAGUCUGGUGUUGGGCAAAAGACAACAGCAACAAAAACUUAUUGCUCUAACUUUUUUGCAACAUGCAAGUCGUACAGGUUUCUCUGUAACAUCUCAUUUUGUCUUAACUUCCUAAGAGAGAAGAAAACAUAUUACACUAAUUGAUGAUGAGGAAAGGUUUAUAGCUGUUGUAGCAUGUAUCUGUGAACUACAUGUCCCAAAUCUUGUUUUACAGAUGUUCUACAACUUAACAAAAAAAUGAUAAGGAGUGGAAUACACCCUUCAUUAAUAAAUGCAAGUUUGUAAUUGUUGGAAAACUGCUGUGGUAUAAGAGCAAAAGCUUUGGGAUGUGUUUUUUUUAACAUCGAUUCAUUAACAGCUCAUCUCUUUUGUUGUAUUCCUUAAUUAAUUUAACCUUUAUUUUGACUGCUUGCUGUUCAGUUGAUUGAGUGUAUCAGGUGUUUAAUCUUGUGAAGCAUAUAUUUUUCUAUAACCUUUUUACUGUUAGUGACUACGCAAUCAUACUGGAGGCUAUUUUAGGUGAACUUUGGCCUUUUGUGCAUUUGCGGAGUGCUACUGUAUCUACCGUAAUAGCACAAAAGUUAUAAACGUUUAGUAUUUCUACUUGAGGUGGUUAUGGAGUUUAAGGUAUAUUUUUCAGUAAAUACCGUCCAAUAAAACAUUGUUCCUAAUUUC